CUCCCGGGUGUAGCUACGUAGCCAGCACCCCCCCGCCCCGCAGCGCCUUCCUCGGCCAGGGGAUCUAGGGGUCCUUCGUCCAGCCCCCCCAGUUCUGCAGCAGCCGCCCCCCCCCGCACACAGCACCCCCCCACCAUGGCUAUCGAGAAAGAGAAGAAAACCUGCGGGCAAGUCAUGGCGGAAUGGCGAGAAGGCAUCUGGAAUCCGCGCACCCACCAAUUUAUGGGGCGCACCGGCAGCAGCUGGGCCUUGAUCCUGUUCUUCUACCUGGUGUUUUACGGUUUCCUCACGGCACUUUUCACGCUCACCAUGUGGGUCAUGCUGCAGACGGUCGACCCCUACAUCCCAAAGUACCAGGACCGCCUCUCCGUGCCCGGGAUGAUGAUCCGCCCCAAGACAGACACCCUGGACGUGACUUUUAACGUCAGCAACACGGAGAGCUGGGACCGUUACGUCAAGAUGCUGAAUGACUUCCUGGAGCCAUACAAUGACUCCAUCCAGGUGGCCACCAACGACGUGUGCCGCCCGGGCCGCUACAACGAGCAGCCGGACAACGGGGUGCUGAAUUACCCCAAGCGGGCCUGCCAGUUCAACCGCACGGCGCUGGGCGCCUGCUCCGGCCUCAACGACUCCACCCACUACGGCUACGCCGACGGCCGGCCUUGCAUCCUCAUCAAGAUGAACCGGGUCAUCAACUUCUUUGCAGGGGCCAACCAGACCAUGAACGUCACCUGUGCCGCGAAGAAAGAGGAGGAUGCGCAGAAGCUGGGGGAUAUGGUGAUGUACCCCCCAAAUGGUCACAUCGACCUCAUGUAUUUUCCCUACUACGGCAAGAAAGUCCAUGUGAACUACACCCAGCCCAUCGUGGCCGUCAAGUUCGUAACCCUGGAGCCCAACAUGGACCACAACGUGGAGUGUAAGAUCAACGCGGUGAACAUCGCCACCACCGACGAGCGGGACAAGUUCGCCGGCCGCGUGGCCUUCAAGAUCCGGGUCAACAGGGACUAAGCCCCGCCUCCCCCUUCCCCCUCCCCCCACCUUUCCCGGGGCUCCGCCCCCAAAUGGGCAGGGCUUAAUGGAGGAGGAGGAGCCAGUUUGCGUAAGGGGAGGUGCCCCCAGCACAUCCUGGGCGGGGCUUGAUGGAGGAGGAGGAGCCUAUUUCAUUGGGGAGAGGGACCCCCCCCCCGGGAUUUGAUUUUAUUUCUUUGCGGGGGCGGGGGGGGGUGUUUGCUCUUGAAAUCGUCCUGCUGAGAAUCCUAGGAUGACUAACCUGGCUCUUUGGCCAUUUUAGGGACCUUCCCUGUGCCCCCCCCACCCCGAUUCUGCCCCCCCCCAAAACGUGCUGAUUACACUGAAGGGUCUGGUACCACCCUACACCCCCCCACACAAAUCCUUUGGAAUGCUACGUCGCUUUGAUCUCUUCUAAUGCCCCUUCCCCCCCCCCUUUUUGGGGGGGGGCAGCUCAGAGCCUGUGACCCCCCCUUCUUUCUCCUGCCCCUUGAAAUCCUAUUGAGAUGUUUCCUAAUAUAAUAAUAAAAUGUAUAUAGAUAUUUUUUAUAUAUAUAUAUAUUAAAAAUUAAGGUACGGCCGAGACCUCUAUUUUUUUCCCUCCCCGUGCACCCCACUUCUGCCCGCUCCCCGUUUUCCAUCCUCCACCCCACGCCCCUACAAGAGACGUUGAUAUUUGGUGCGUUUGUCGUGAGCCGGCGGCCAUUUUGUUUCCCUGACCUAGUAGGUGCCAGGGUUGAGUGGAGGGAUGUAGGCCGGGAAAUUGGAAUGACCCCACUUCCGCGGCCCACCGUACGGCCGCCGUUGUCCCCGUAGGUUAGGAAACAAAAUGGCUGAACAGCGGUUGCCCCAUUGUGGGAUAGCAGCCGUUGUCCGUGUCGGCUGGGAAUCAAAAUGGCCGCCAUUCCGCAGCCAAUGACGUGGCUGCCCUCGUCCGUGUAGACCAGGAAUCAAAAUGGCCACCAUUCCGCAGCCAACAACGUGGCUGCCCUUGUGCGCGUAGGCCGGGAAUCAUAAUGGCCGCCGUUCUGCAGCCAACAACGUGGCUGCCCUUGUGCGUGUAGGCCGGGAAUCAAAAUGGCCACCAUUACUCAGCCAACGAUGUGGCUGCCCUUGUGCGUGUAGGCCGGGAAUCAAAAUGGCUGCCGUUCCACAGCCAACGACGUGGUUGCCCUUGUGCGCGUAGGCCGGGAAUCAAAAUGGCCACCAUUCCUCAGCCAACGACGUGGCUGCCCUUGUCCGUGUCAGUUGGGAAUCAAAAUGGCCGCCAUUCCGCAGCCAACGACGUGGUUGCCCUUGUCCGUGUAGGCCAGGAAUCAAAAUGGCCACUAUUCCGCAGCCAACAAGCAUUGUCCAUAUAGGCUGUGAAUCAAAAUGACUGGACAAUAGCUGUGGAAUGUCUGCCAUUUUGACCCCCUGCCCUGCAAAAGAGACACGGCGGCCAUUGUUGGGGUGGGCCGGGAAUCAAAAUGGCUGCCGCCGGCUGUGGAAAUGUGGCCAUUUUGUUUCUUAGCCUCUGUGGCAAAAAGUCGGGCCAACCUGACUGGGGCAUGUGGGCCAGGAAAGGAAAAUGGCUGCCAUUUUCAGCCGACGUUUGGCUCUGUCUGUGAAGAAACAAAAUGGCUGCUGUAGUCAAAGCCUCUGAAGAACGGUCGCCAUUUUGAGUCUUGGUAUUGAGAGCUUGGCCAUGAAUGGUGGCCAUCUUGGAUUCCUGGCCUCCGUGGCUAAUGGCUGCCAUGUUGGGCUGUGCAAUGGUGGUCAUCUUGGAUUCCUGGCCUCCGUGGCUAAUGGCUGCCAUGUUGGGCUGUGCAAUGGUGGCCAUCUUGGAUUCCUGGCCGACAGAACUGAGGCCGCCAUAUUGGGCUGUAACCUUUCCAGCACCUCCUUCUGAGUCGUACCCCUGCUCCCUACCAAUGUGACCCCUUUCCUCAUCUUAGGGUCUGUCUUCCUCUUUUAAUGUACAGUUAUUUUUAAUCUCUCUUUUCGCUUAAUGCGGCAUCUGCACUGAGACAAGACUUGUCCGUCCCCCCCCUCCAGCAUCCUGGGAAAUUCCUUGCACCCCCUUAACUCUGCCCUUGAAACAGCUGACACAAACGUUGCCUGUAUUAGACUCCUACCUGGUCUCUAGUCUUCUCUGCUGUUGUCUGUAAACCACAAGAGAAACGAUUCCCUUUUAUUUGGAACUGGAAGUAAUUUUUAAAAAAUAAUUAAAUCCCCCUCCCCCCCGCAUUUUCCUAAUGCUGCAUCCUUGAGAUCACUGUACGAAUGAAAUAACAACUCCUUUGCUUUUUAACUUUUUUUUUUAAUUAUUAUUAUUAUUCUGGUUCGUUUUUAUUUGCAGAAUUAUUUAAUUGCCUGUAUCGGAUCCACUGUAAAAGAUGAGAAGAAAUAAACAAAAAACCCACCCUUAAAAACUA